GUUCGGUCGUGUCUACAACUGCUGCUGUUAUGGUUUCCAGUUAUGCGGGUGGUGAAUCAAGAUGUAUAGGUCAGAAGCUGAGUCUGAGAGAUGCUAUACAUCUCCGCUUACUUUCUGCCCGUAGCCAUUCUGGCUCAAGCGAUCCCAGCCGUACUGGCACGAUCUGGCUUGCUUCAGGGGCACAUCUAGGCGCGGGCCACGAGUAUCAGAAUGAGCGAGUUCUCCAUGCUUGGCAUGGCAGUCUACACUGCGGGAAACAUGAUCGGCACUGGCACCCACCAGACGCUGAUCAAGCUCGCGGGAGACGGCUGCGACAACGCGCUCUGGGCGAACUUCCUCCUCGCCGGGCUCCUCGCGAGCCUGUCCGCGGUGCCGCUGCUGCACCUCUACGAGCAGUUUCCCACGAGUGACUGCCUGCACCGGGCCGCCAGCGCGGGCCUCGGUGGCUUCUGGGGUCCGCUCGUGUCCUUCGUCAAUGGCCAGCUCAUCACGAUCGAGCUCAUCUUCGCGGUGACCAUGCAGACCUCGUUCUUCGGCGACUGUGUCUCGGACCUCCUCGCGGCGGACCCGGCUGGAACCACGCCGGUCGUGGUGUGCCUGGUCUUGCUCGUUGUCCUCUUCUCCGUGUACCGCAUCAGCGGGGCGCUGUUUACGGCCAACGUUGCUUGGACCCUGGGCGUCGUCGAGCUCAUUACGGUGGGCCUGCUGGUUCUCAGUGGGCCUCUCCGACUGCUGGCAGGAGGGUCGUUGCGCCCCACCGUGGCCCUGCUGGACUGGUCCAGGACGCAGCCCGCAGGCUUCCUGUCGGGCAUCCACGUGGCGAUUUUCGCCUACGGGGGGUUUCCUGGCAUGCUCCAGGAGGGCGGCCUCGUGAAGGAUCCGCGCAGGAACUUGCCCUUGGGGAUCCUCACCGCGUGCGUGAUGACCACGUGCGUCUACUCGCUCAUGUCCGCGUCGGUCUUGCUCGUCGUGGAACCAGGGGCCAUCGCCAGGUUCACGAAUGGUUUCGACGCUCUUCGAGGCACGUUGCCUGAUCGUGCGAUUGGCAUGAUAUCUUGCACGGUUCUCUCGUCGGUCGCCAAUAACAUAAUGGAGAACACACUUGUCGUCAUUGAGAACGUGCACCAGAUGACCACGGUAAAGGAUGGUUGCAGAAAGCUAGUCCCUGCCGGCGUUGGCUUCUGCAGUCCGGACGUGCUCGUCUACGGGGCGAUCGCCAUUUUGACAGCGCUCAAGAAACGCAUCGGGCUCGGCGCGCUCCUUGGGGAUGCGGUUGACUUCGCUCUUAUUUUGCAGUUCGCCAUCUUCGCCGUGCUGUCCAUUGUCAACAUCGAUGGUCAGCAGCCCCUCAAUCGCCGAUCCAUCGUCCCAGUAUUGUCGCUCGCAGCCAACGGUCUCGUGGGCGCUUGGCACUUGUACAAUGCCAGCGCCACGCCCAUGGUUAUUCUGAUGUGCUUGGUGUUCCUUCCGCUCUCGUUCUCUUGCAAGGGCACCUUCGUCAAGAUGGAACGCAAAACCAAGUGAAGUCGUGUGUUGGAGAAGAGAGAGAGAGAGAGAGAGAACCAUUACACACAAGUUGUGGAGGACAUUCUGUAUAAUAUGUUUUACGUACGUAUUGUGAACUCCCUGUCGUACUUGUCCUGGGAGGGGCGACAACAAUUAGACUGUGGACUGGUAGCGCACGACGCUCACAUUUGUCCUCGCCGUUUUUUUUGUUUGUUUUGCCGUUCCGAGCUUCACACAGAUUGUUGAUAUGGGGUACGGCCGACAUGUUCGGUGUGGCAAGGCGACGGGCUUCUGGUCUGCAAGGUGCCGCUAUGUGCGGUCGUGCUUUUAUAGCUGUUAGCCAGCUGGCUAUACAGGACGCCGGCAGGUACGGUCGAGAGUUGCAAGCUCGUUGCUUGAUUAGUUGGGCUGCUUGAUCCAAUGUGAGCGUGUCAUUGGAAAACAGUCUCCGCUUACUGUCUGAAUCAUUGGUUAUGGUAUUUGCGUGGUCUGUGAAGCGCAAAGGAAUGCGAGGAUGGAUCCGCUUGCGUUCGGCAGACUCGAAUGCCUUGCGCACGGUGCGGAUUCCAGAUGAGCAUUCUUACUACAUGCAAGGUAGAUGCGGACAGCUGUGCUUCUUAUCCCUCGAGCCGGAGGCUUUUCAACCGAAGCUGGUGCG